AUGGAUCAUCUAAAUGGAUUUGGUGUGGAAGUUACUGGAUUAUCUCCAGCUGUUACUGAGAAAGAUCUCAUCGAUUUCUUCUCCUUCUCUGGUGCUGUCGAACAUAUUGAUAUUGUUAGGUCGGGUGAGCAAGCUUGCACUGCUUAUGUGAUGUUCAAGGAUUCUUAUUCUCAGGAAACUGCAGUCUUACUCAGUGGCGCAACAAUAUUGGAGCAGCGAGUUUGCAUAACUCGUUGGGGACAGCAUCACGAGGAGUUUGACUUCUGGAACGCGACUCAGCGGGGUUUUGUAGAUGACACAAACUCACAUCCACAUCCUCAACGAGGCGAGUUCAACGCCGGAGAAGCAGUGACAAAAGCACAAGAAGUGGUGAAAUCAAUGCUAGCCACCGGAUUCGUGCUAGGCAAAGACGCUUUAGCCAAAGCUAAAGGCUUUGACGAAUCCCACGGUGUAUCAGCUGCAGCAGUAGCUAGAGUAUCUCAACUAGACCAGAGGAUCGGUCUCACUGACAAAAUCUUUGCCGGAGUUGAAGCUGUCAGAUUAACCGACCAGAAGUACCAGGUUUCAGACAAAGCGAAAUCAGCUGUCUCUGCCACAGGAAGAACCGCGGCAGCAGCUGCAACUAGUGUUGUCAAUAGCAGUUACUUCUCCAGCGGAGCUCUCUGGCUAUCUGGUGCGUUGGAGCGGGCGGCUAAGGCUGCAUCUGACCUUGGUAGCCGUAGCUCAAGGCAGUGA